CCCCGAGUCUCCAGUCCAGCCUUCAACAAACCCUCAUGCGCCCGCGCGCAAUAUACCACGAUUAAACAUUCUGUCUCCUAGGCGAUCAACGCCACAUGAUACCUCUAUUCAUCGCAUAAUUAUCGCCCAGCAUGUUUUGUCUUCGCAGUUGGCUUCCACUCCUAUUCAUCCCGACCAACGCUUCGCCCGCUUUCAUAUUCCUCUUCUUUAUCUGCACGUACUUCCUCAAUCGACCAUGCGUGUACUGCUCCAUCCUCCUCCUUAUUCUCUUCCUGACCUCGUGCAACUGGUCCGACCGAUGUUUCUUCGACCUUGGCAGUAACUGGUUCCUCCCGCGUCCGACAAUACCGUCUGAGGAUGUCCCUUUUACCUCACCAUCAGGGGACCUCGCGUUCAACUCGACUGUCCUCGAUAUGGCCAACACUACGGUCGCGGCCAUUAUAAAAUCUGCUAGUGAUGAUCUAGCUGUCAGGAGGGCCGAGUGGUCGGGCUUAGGGAUCGAGUGGCUUAGAAAUUUACUGGGGAAGAGGGAGUGGAGGAUCGAUUGUAUGGAUAUCUAUAUUAGGCUAUGAAUAGCCUCGCGAGACCGAGAGGGGAAUUGAUUAUAUGUGGCCUAAUGAGAUGUAUAUUCCAGGCCAUGCCAAGUAUUCAAGUACUUGAUAGACCCUAUGUGAGCAUAACAUAUUUCAGCGUUACAUCGCAUCG